UUUUUCUUUCUUUCUUUAGGUGUGGCACAUCCUUGUCAAAACUCCUGGAGGUGUUCAUCUUACUGAUCACACACUGCCUCAGCAGCCCACGCUCACAGAGAUGUCUCACAGUGAUCUCAACUUUGCCCUCGCUGUUCAGUCUCUUCUGAAUCGCAUUCAACACCCAGAAUACCGACAGAUUGUUGUGGAGCUUAUCUCUGUCAUUGCCACAAUUCUGGAGAGGAAUCCUGAGCUCAAGUUCACACAUGCAGUGGAUUUGGACCAGAUAGUUAGAGAUGCUUUCAAGAUGUACAUGAAGGAUCUUGGCAAGGAAGUGACAGAGGACAUUUCUUAUCUUUACACUGUAUCUGAAAUGGGAAUGAAGAGCUACCUUGCACGUGCUGUAGUGAACUUCAUGCUGAAAGGAGAUAUAAAAACUAAUGCUGAAGAGGGUCAGACCUUCUGUCAGGUAUCUUAGAGUGUUUUUUAUUUGUUGUUGUUGUUGUUUUUUUUUUUUUUUUUUUGCUUCAAAGAUAAGUGUUGCAAUGACUUGUUACCAGAGAUACAAUAGCUGGAAAGCAAUAGUCACGGCUUUUGUUUUGAUUUAGUUUUUGUUAAGUAGUAUAGAUAGAGUAUGACAUUCUGACAAACUUGUUUAAUUACCUUUUAUUUUUUGUGAUUGUACCAAAAAAGAUGACACAUUUGAACAAUUUUUUGUUAUGGUUAUAUAUGUUGAUUUAAUUGGAUCAUUCAUUUAUGUGUAUACAGUAUUAUUAUUGAGUUGUAAAUGCUGCAGUAUUUUAAUCAAAAGUCAAUAUUGUUUUAUCCUUUUUUGUAUAAAUUUAUAUACAGAGAAGUAACAUUAUUUUUUUCCUGGUGGUGCUGCUUUCUUUGUCAGUAUAUUGCAGAAAUUAUUCAAUAUUUGUUUUUUCAUUAAAGCUGCACAAAUGUAUAGAAAAGAUAUUGCAGAAUAUGCAAGAAGCCUGUCAUAGUAUAUAUAUUAGAGAUUGCUUACAUGAAAUUACCUUUCAUGGUUUACAAAUGGCAAUUUAUCAUGCUAUUCUUAAGCAGAAUUCAGAGCUAAAGAUAGAAAAACUAAUGACCUAAUUUAAAAGUUUUAAAGCCAUACAGGUCAUUGUGUUUACUGAUGCAAAUUGUGUUAUAAACAUAUCUAGUCAUUUCCAUUUUUAUGUAUAUAGAUAUUCCUUAAAUGAAGUAUUUAGAUGAUUGAUAUUGUUAUAAAUAUUUCCAAUAAUAAAGGACUGUUGCAGUUAUCUUUCCAAGAAUAUUUCAAGUUCUGUAUGCUUUUAUGUUCCCCAUUCAUUUUAAUGAAGUACGUCUUUGAAUGUUGUUAGAAGAAUUAACAAUAUCUUAAUAUUUGAUGAUAAUUUGUGAUUGUAAUUUUCUAAUUCUCCCUUUAGGCUGUAAAUUGGUAAUUUUUGUCAUUGUUUACAAUAUGCAGUCAGAUUAUAGUGAAGUGAUGAUACUCAGAUUUUUGUUGACAGUUUUUAUAUGGUUCAUGUAAACUUUCAUUAAUUGAAAUCAGUGAAAUAAAUUGUGGAUGAUACAUAUUGAUUAUAUUAUUUGUGAUAUAAUCAUGUGAAGGUUGACAUAGAGAACCUAUGAUAAUUACUUUAAUCCCUUAAUAAAACUGUCCAGUUACA